AUGGGUAUCCCGCUUGAAUACGUACCUCCGUCUUCGCGCCGCGAACAGAAACCUAAACCCGAUGCUGUAGCCGCGUCCGCUCGCUCAUCGAUCCGACGGCAAAACGCCAUCCGUCGAACCCGGCGCCAUGGCAGUAGCAACAGCCGCAGCCCCCGGCCGACGAUCUCCCAGAAUACAGUCGAAACAGAGCCCAGUGUUGGUGACCGGGAGGUGCCUGACCCCAACCUCACUCUUCCCAUGAUACAGCCGUUCCCGGAUCCUUCACAUUCGAUCGGGCGACGCGAAAGCGGUCAGCAUGUUUUACGGGAGUCCUUGCGCAACUCUUCUCAGCCUCGGCGGAUGCGCAUUCCUCGCGAGUCAUCGUUGAGAUUCGAAAUGGGAAGGCCAUACUGGUAUGGCGACUUUCCACAGCCGAUUGUGCCUCCUGCUCCGCGCCCCAGACAUGCUCCCGCGCCUGAGCACUUGACCCUGUCGCCACGAUUUGCACCGGCGCAUCAAAUGGACGGCGAUUUAUUCUCUCGUUCAAAUACGGGCUCCCCGACGGUCAAUGCUCAGACGUCACUGCUGCGCAGCAUGGGCCACCGGUCUGUUACGGAUGCGACUGAGCGAAGACGCGCGGAAGUCGACGGUCUUGGUGAUAGAGAUCGUAGCCCUGCUGGUUCCGCUUUUGACGACGACGAAUUGCAUGAUUCGUGGGAGACUCUUUUAACCACCAUCACCCCAGACGACCAUCUACCCAGCUUUGAUUCGUCGUUUACCUCAGCGACUGCAAGCGCGUCGUCAGCACUAUCUAGAGGUUCUGCUAACACUCUGACGCCUGCCUCCUCGUAUGGAGCGGCUUCGCCACGACUACGCCUCAUGUUUGAUGAAGCCUUCCCCGACGGUCCUCCGAACUGCGAACCCACCGAUUCCGACACGGAACCUGACUCCGAUAUCGACACUGCAGCAUUGCGUGUGCCUAGGGCCAUGCUAAGUCUCACGCUUGCUCAUUCACUAAGCAGGCGUCGAAGCGAAGACCUCCGUCGGCGCAACGCGAGGAAUUCUGAUGAGAAUAACCACGAGAGUAGCAAUAAUAAUGGCAAUAACGAAACGGCUGCUUCGUCGUCAAACAACCAUCACCUACCAUCUAUGCCCUCCGACUUGCAAGAGAUUCAUGGGAUCUUAGAUCACUUAGCCCGACGAGACGACAUUCCGGACGAGUGGUGGGCGACGGCAGGUUUAUCACGUACCAUCCGGCAAGAGCUUGACAUUACUUCUUCAGCCCGUGGGGAUUAG